CCAAAAUGGGCAAUCUUUAGACAAAUUUCAAUUUAUAGUGAACCGAAAUGGAAAUCUUUUAUAGAGAAAGCACGUAGCUGCAAUUUCCAUUAACUUGUAACCUAGUUUUUUCUUUUUCCUUUUUUGAACAUUUAACUUGUACCCUAGUUACUAACGUCAGGUUCAUCAACAAAACGAACACAAAGCCUCUCUCUCUUUUAAAGCUUACUACCUUCAAGAAACCAGAGGGCAGGUUCAGGACUAAGGUAUAUUGAUUACAUCUCAUGAGCUGUUGUUUCUAUUUUGGCCACAUUAUGCUUUCUCCUGUCUGCUACUUCAUUUCUAAGUGUUAAUUUUUGACAGGGCCACUAAUUACAUGGAUAAAUCAGAGAAGUUGAAGAAACUUUCUAUUGAGAGGGAGUAAAGAAACUAAAAUAUUGUCCUCUUCUAAGAGGAACUCCUCCUGUUUGAUGGACAUGUAAAAGGAAAUUGCUGAUUCUUGAAAUUUAUAUCCUUCAAAAAUUAGAGAUUGUAACUUCGACUGGGUAGGACAAGAUGAGUUAUACAAUUUCCCCUCAGAACUCUGGAGUUGAAAUUCGUUGCUUGCAUAUGUGCUCUAAACAAGUGGGGCCUAGUUGUUCAAUGGGGAAAGCAUCAUUCUUUGAUCUGAAUUAUACAACAAAGCAUGGUUACAAAAAUCAGUCCUGUUUAAAGCGGACAGGAGAUCUUCAUUCAGGAAGAACAUUAUUUCCUUUGCAGUGCAAAGGACUGCAAAAAAGUGUUUCAAUUGAUAAAGUUGAUAAAAAUGAUCAUGAUGAUUGGAGCUCUGAGACUCUUGUAUUGGAUGUUGGGAGAAAAUUCAGGGAGCAAAUGAACACAAAGAAUCAUGUUUCUCCAAAAUCGUAUAUAGAAGGACCUUUCGUUGAAAAUGAGGAGGAAAUCAACAAUGAAAUCCUUCAGCAUCUGUGCAACAAAGGGAGGCUAAUGGAUGCACCCAGGCUGAUAGAUGUUAUGGCACGUAGAAGCCAAAUUCCCAACUUCAGUUGUUGCACAAACUUAAUUAGGGGCUUUAUCAAAGUUGAUCAGAUAGAUAAAGCUGCCAGGAUUCUUAAAAUCAUGGUUAUGUCAGGUGGGGUUCCAGAUGUUAUUACCUACAACAUGAUGGUUGGCGGUUUAUGUAAGAGAGGAAAAUUAAAAUCUGCCAUUGAUCUUCUGGAAGAUAUGAGUUUGAGUGGUUGUCCCCCGGAUGUGGUUACUUACAACACAAUAAUUCGUUGCAUGUUUCAUAAUGCAAAUUUUGAUCAAGCUGUUCGAUUUUGGAAGGAGCAGUUAAGGCGGGGAUGCCCUCCAUAUCUGAUAACUUACACAAUUCUCAUUGAGCUAGUCUGCAAGCAUUGUGGAACUGUUCGGGCUAUGGAAGUGUUAGAGGAUAUGGCAAUUGAGGGCUGUUAUCCUGAUCUUGUUACCUACAAUUCAUUGGUAAAUUUCACUUGUAAGCAGGGAAAGUAUGAAGAUGCAGCGUUGAUCAUCAUUAACAUGCUGUCUCAUGGAAUGGAACCCAAUGCUAUAACGUACAAUACACUUCUCCAUUCUCUUUGUAGUUGUGGGUUAUGGGAUGAAGUAGAUGAGAUCCUUACAGUCAUGAAAGAAACGUCCCAUCCUCCAACUGUUGUUACUUACAACACUCUGAUUAACGGGUUGUGUAAGUCUGGACUUGUGAAUCGGGCCAUUGACUUUUUUCAUCAAAUGGUUUACGAGAAUUGUUUGCCUGACAUUGUUACUUAUAACACUCUCCUUGGUGCACUAUGUAAAGAAGGAAUGUUGGAUGAGGCCCUUCAAGUGCUUGGCUUUUUAAGCCACAGCAGCUGUUCUCCUGGGUUGAUAACUUAUAAUACUGUCAUUGAUGGAUUGUCUAAAAGGGGCUAUAUGGAUAAAGCAAUGAAAUUAUACAAUCAAAUGAUAGAAAAUGGGAUCACUCCUGAUGGCAUCACCCAUCGAUCGUUGGUUUGGGGAUUUUGCUUGGCAGGUCAAUUUGAGGAUGCUGUGGAGAUACUGAGAGAGAUGGGAAAGAGAGACCACAGGAUCAAUAGUUAUGCUUACCGAUCGGUAAUUGAUGGUUUAUGCAACAAUAAGAAGACAGAUAUUGCAAUACAAGUUCUAGAAAUAAUGAUCUCCAGUCGGUGCAAGCCAGACGAGGAGAUUUAUUCUGCUCUAAUCAACAGUUUGGCAGAUGCUGGAAUGAUGGAAGAGGCUAAUGAAUUGCGGCAGAAAUUGAUUAACAUCAAGGUUCUUAAAGAUCAAUCCAUAUUGCAUUUUUUGUAGGAAGUAUGUAAGAAAAUUCUGUAAGCUUGGCAAUAUUUUCCUCCUAGGGAUAUGAUGUAGGAAUGUAGCUUUUCUUUUUCCCAUACUUCAGGUUCAUAAAAUUUUCAAUAUAGAGAGGGUGUUUGAAGCAGAUUUCGCAUGCAACUGUAGUGAGCCCCAUUAAAGUUUUUGAUUCUUAAUGUCUGAAAAUCAAGAAAAUACACAUGAAAUUUUAGGGCUGCCAUAACUCUUGAUUUUUUCUUGAUAAUUGUUCAGGUAGUGAUACUAAAUUUGCCUGAUUUUGUGUAGUUCUUUAAUGAAGAUGACAGCAUAUUAAAUAAUGUA